CCGACUGCCCGUUACACUUCCUAAAAUUUCACACCGACUUAUAUUGAAGUCUUGUCUGUUUGACAAAAUUCUGAAAGAAAAUAAUGGCCUCCCUCAGAGUACCAGAUGAUGUUCCUCUUCCAUCCGAAGACUGUAACACUCUCCACAAGGCCUUCAAAGGUUGGGGAACGGACGAGAAGGCAAUUAUAAGGGUUUUGGGGUGUAGAAAUUCAUUCCAAAGGGGGAAAAUCAGAGAAGCUUAUCAGCAGAUUUACAAUGAAUCACUCAUAGAUCAACUCCACUCUGAACUCUCUGGUGAUUUCAGGAAAGCUGUAAUCUUAUGGACAUAUGACCCUCCUGAGAGGGACGCAAGGUUGGCGAAUAAGGCUUUGAAAUCAAGGAAGAAAGGCAUCACUCAACUUCAAGUAAUAGUUGAAAUAGCAUGUGCAACAUCCCCUCACCAUCUGGUGGCUGUAAGGCAGGCAUACCGUUCUCUCUUCGAUUGCUCACUUGAAGAAGACAUCACAUUCCAUGUCCCCCUACCUGUUAGAAAGGUUCUAGUGGGUUUGGUGAGUUCUUACAGAUAUGACAAAGAAGUGGUGGAUUCAAUCGUAGCAAUUCUAGAAGCGGAUAAAAUGCGCGAGGCCAUUGAAACUAAGCAUCUAGACCUGGAUGAUUUUUUGUGGAUACUUAGUACUAGGAAUGUUUUUCAGCUCAAAGCAACUUUUCAGUACUACCAGCAGAAGUAUGGAAAUUCCAUAUACCAGGACAUCAAGAGUUGUGGAAAGGGCCUUUUAGUAUCGGUAUUGAGGGUCGUAAUUUGGUGCAUAGACGCCCCAGAAAAACACUUUGCCGAGGAGAACUCGAAACUGCUCACCUUGCAUAAGGAGAAAAUAUUGCACUUUUCCAGGUUGAAGUUUCUUGGUCGAUACAUUUCGUGGCCAAAAUAGCUAGUUUUGCGGAAGCGUUAGAUUUGGAGGAAAAGAGAAGUUAUGGCCUUGUUUGGAUAACUCGUAGGAGAGGAAGAAGUUGGCGAAGAGUAUGUGAUUUCUUCCCUUCUGAAAUUCAAUGGAAGGAAAGGGAAGUGAGUGCUUGUUAUUGUCGUUGGUUUUUUAGUUCAAGUUAUACCCUUUUCAGAAUAAUAACAAGGGUACAUAUCUGUUGGAAAGUGACUAGAAUUCCUUGUUUAAGUCGGUUUAGGCUUAUGUGACUAGGAUUCGUAUUCCAAGUCGGUUUAUGUUUAUUUUUAGUGCUUUCCUAUAAAUAGGGACCUUGUGGGGUUCCUAUGGUUUGUCCCUUUUGGGUCCAUUAAGGAGAGGCUCCGUUGGGUGUUAUUAUGGAGUUCUUCGUCUCUUUUGUUAUUGGGGCUUGAUAUUAGGGUUUUGUGUUGUCUCUUUGGGUUCCACCGAAGGUUUGUGUCUCCCUUGCCGGUUCCACUAGAGAUUUCUCCUUGAAUAUC